GCUUUCUCCUUCUUGUUUUGCUUUCCAAGAGCAGCGGAGGCGGUGACCCCGCGCUGGAGAGCACAGGGGCUCCCACCACCCCGCACUCUUCCCAUGCUUUCUCUGAGCUGCAACCUUCGCUUGUUACGGGUCACCGACGGGGAUGAUGGCGAUUUUCUGUGCUUAAUUUCUUCCCUGGUUUAGUGACAUAGCGAAAGGCAGCAAGCGCUCCCAGGUGGGCUCCCGUGCAGCCCUGCUCUCACGUCCGAGGUUUAUCUGUUGCACAAAGAGUUUAUUUAUGAACAAGCCAGGCAGAGAUCAAAGAUCUUUCUACAAAAUGUUAAUUAAACGAAUAGCGGUGUGCUGUUGAGGCUUGAAGAGGGAAAUGAGGUUUAGCUUUGUUAAGGAAGCGUCUGGUGGAAAUAUUUACAGUAUUCCUCGAAUUUCAGUUACUCCUAUUUUCCCUAGGGCAAGAGGGCAAACCUGGCUGUUGCUUCAGAGGUUCUGUAAACUGUUUUUCUUGGUUAUGUGUAAUGUGGGUGUUUGAUGUGAUCCAGCGUGACUGCGUCGGAGGGGGAGCGGAUGUGACUGCGGCGAUUCGGUUCCUGCUUCACAGCAUAACAUACAACGUACCACAUGCCGCCGUGGGCAGGUGAGGCUACGAAGUGAAAAGCAACAUGGACAUGGACGUGCUGAACAUGUUUGUCAUCGCUGGCGGCACCCUGGCCAUCCCCAUCCUGGCCUUCGUGGCCUCCUUCCUCCUCUGGCCCUCAGCACUCAUCCGCAUCUACUACUGGUACUGGCGCCGAGCCUUGGGCAUGCAGGUUAGAUACGCAAACUACGACGACUAUCAGUUCUGUUAUUCCUAUAGAGGGAGACCGGGAUACCGACCAUCCAUCCUGAUGUUACAUGGGUUCUCAGCCCACAAAGACAUGUGGCUGUCUAUAGUCAAGUUCCUGCCGAAGAAUCUGCACUUGGUGUGUGUUGACAUGCCCGGGCAUGAGGGCACGACCCGCUCGGCUUUGGAUGAUUACUCCAUUAGUGGGCAAGCUAAGAGAAUACACCAGUUUGUGGAGUGCAUCAAGCUGAACCGAAGGCCCUUUCAUCUGGUGGGCACUUCCAUGGGGGGAAACGUUGCCGGCGUCUAUGCUGCUCAGUACCCAGAAGACAUUUGCAGCCUGACCCUCAUCUGUCCCGCAGGCCUGCCGAGUACCACCGACAGCAAGUUCAUUAAGCAGCUCCGGGAGCUGCAAGAGUCCAACUGCAUCAACAGGAUCCCUUUAAUUCCCUCGACUCCCGAGGAGAUGGCGGAUAUGCUGAAGCUUUGCUCCUACGUUCGCUUCAAGGUGCCGCAGCAGAUCCUCCAGGGCCUUGUUGACGUCCGCAUCCCACACAACGAUUUUUACCGGAAAUUGUUUUUAGAAAUUGCGGAUGAAAAGUCCAGGCACUCUCUCCAUGAGAACAUGAGCAAGAUCAAAGCACCGACGCAGGUCAUCUGGGGAAAGCAGGACCAGGUCCUGGAUGUUUCUGGAGCCAGUGUUUUAGCGAGCGCUAUCCCGGACUGCCACACAUACAUCCUAGAGAACUGCGGGCACUCGGUGGUGGUGGAGCGGCCCCGCAAGACAGCCAACCUCAUCCUGGAGUUCCUGGCAAUGCUGCACAGCAUGGACAACAACAAGAAGCAGGCAUGAGCGUGGCGGGGAGCCGAGCACCCAUGCUGGGUCUUUUAAAUUGUAAAGUACUGCAGCUUUGAUAAGUUCUCAGGGAUCUUGUAUGAAUCGGGGUGAAUGUGCCAAAGUCCCUGAGGAAGGCAGAAUCACUGAUACCUAAACCUAUAGCACCGCCGGCACAGCGACCUAGGGGUCAUUGAGCAAUCUCCAUAGAUACAGGAACGGAAGCAGAAUGUCUCCCUUUUCUACUUAGAGGUAAAGUAGGAACGAGCCGAAAUCACCAAGCGCUAGCCAUACAGUGUGCUGAAGCUCCUUAUGCAGCCACCCACCUUACCCGAGUUACUGGCACGUAGUUGUUAAUGACAUUUACCUAAACUAUAUAAGAAACGUAGGAAGGAAGAAGCAUCCUGGACUGAGACUUAGAAUAUUUCUACUACUUAGAGUCUGUCGCGUUGCAUGCUGCCGUGCUGUAAGAGACCCCCAGUGCUCCAGGCGUCUGCUCGAGUGCUCUUUGUAUAGCUCCUUAACUCGUGAUUUAUGCAGAAAACAACAGAAAACUUCAUGCGUGGAAGUCCAAUGACUGUAUGUGCAAAAAUGUUUACACUUUGAGUGGGUUUUUUUAAAUCCCGGAACAGCUCCUGCGUAUAUAUAAUGCCUUAACAUUGCCCCGGGUACGAUGCCUGCGUGCAGCCCACCUUGCCCAGGGGAUGGUUCCCCCUGAGGGUGAACAUAGCAAGUGAAAACUCGGGGUGCAGACAGCAGCUUUGCCACCGUUGUGCGAACCGGAGGGAUGGAAACCACCCGGAGUGAUUCGGUCCCCGAGCCCGAGGCAGCAAUAAGCCCGUGGGCAGGGUGCGAGUCAGCAAACUCGGGCAAACUCUUGUCUCAGCUCUUCUAUCAUGUCGUGCUGCUGAACUCCUUGAUGUAAAUAACAAUUUUCUUAAUGAAUUCCGUGAAUUCUGCAAAUGCCGACAUUACUGAAACCAGGUGUGAGGGGUGGGAGCGGGCUGUGUAUGCAAACAGCGUGGGGGUGUGGGCUCCCAAGCUUGCUGGGUGGCGAGGAGGGGGACAGCUCACCUGCGAGGGAGGCGCUGGGUGGUGGCAUGGACACGCACAGUGCGCUUGUGCA